GGUACUUGGACCCGGUCCAUUUUGAGCAUUCAUCAUAACUCCACUGCAAAUAAAGAUAAAUGACUGAAUUUUGGCAAACCUUAGUAAUUUGAUGUGCUGAAAAAGAUGGGGGUCAGACCCUAACUCAAAUUUGCCCCCGAAUGCUAUUUUUAGACUGGGGUACUUGGAUCCAGUCCAUUUGGAGCAUUCCACUAUCUUCUUUGUCUCGAAUUACAGAGCAGACAAUCACAUGAGCUUGCUGUUAAAAAGGGGAUUCCCGUUAGCUCUCAAUGGCAAGUAGAAACAUGAAAUUCUCCCGCUUGCUUUGCAAACAGGCGCGCAAAGAACUUUAUCGAUCCAAUAUGAGUUCAUGCGAAGAGCGGCAAAUACUCCUAGCAGAGAGUGGACGGAAAAAAUUCCACAAAAAAGCGAUAAAAUGCUUUGCAAUCUUGCAGCUUACCUUAGGUAUUACCUUCAUUUGUCUUGCGUGGUAUUAUCCUGGCACAACAACUGUGGAAAAUAAUCUUUGCAGGAUUGGAGAUAACUCAAGUGAAUUGUUCAUUUUUGAGAAAAUGUUGGUGCAGGAUGGCAAAAAUAUAUCAAUAUUUUCCUACAUAAUAAUUGGUAAUGGAGCAACAAUGAUCAUCAAUGGCUUUGUUGGGAUAUCCUCAGCGUUGAAACCCAAAAGCCACUUUCUGAAUGCUGCUAACUUUUGUGUUGGAACCUUGUGCUUUUUGUACGCACUGUUUGGGUUAUGCCUUUGCAACCUUACUACAUAUAUUGAGGCAGCGGUAUACGAAAGAAAUGGUAAGAGUGGUGAUGGCAUGUGGUUUGUUGCUUCGUUAGAAUCCUUGGCCUAUCUUGAGUCCCUGCUUGCACUAGGAAUUCUACUUGUUUGCUGGAUGCAGAGAAGAUGUCACUGGUGUUCGUGCAUGAACUGUCAUUGUGGGGAAAAUUGUCAAUAUGAACGCCUGCCUGAGGAUGCAAUCAAUCAAACUCAAAAUGACGUCCUCUAUGAAACAAUGACUGGCGCUCCUGCUCUCCAAAAAGAAAUUGAAGACCAAUAUGUCGUUAUAGACAGAACUGCACGCCCUGUAUCCUACCAGGGAGUCGAUGAGCAUCUGUAUGAAAACAUAAAGGAGGUGAGAAAAGCAAAUUGAGAAAAUCAGUUCCCGGAAAGAAGAAUAAUACAGAGGCCACAAAAUGGAAAAGUUUGGGAAAAAGCCCUGAUCUCCGACAAAAUGAUGCAGUAUUGCAGAGUAAAAGUAAUAUUUUUAUGAAAUAAACGCCUUGAUUUAAUAUCUCGAGAAUGCUGUCAAAGCUACAUUCUUAAUUCAAAUAGGUGGCACAAAUUUAUGAUUCUCAUGGCCCUUGAUGAUGCAGCUAGCUCGUUCUUCAAAAAUCUUAAAAACAGAACCGAAUCAAGUUGAUGUCAUUACAAAGAGACGUUCAUUUCAUUCGACUUUUCUUUCUUGAGCAAUUCCCAAGUAUUUUAUAUCAAGCUUCGAAAUUAAUUCCUGUUGCAAUUUAUCUUCAUCUACUUCUUAGCAAUAAAAAGGCAAUUUAUUCAACGAUUACUUAAGAAAAUCACAUGAAAGUCGUUGCAUGCCUUUAAAAAUUCUUCGAUUUGAUUUUCAUCCUUAGAUAGCAAAAACGUCAGUUCUGGCCUGUGUAUAUUUUUUAUGUGAAUAGUGUAAUUAGUUCGAUUUUGUAAAUUUUAUUAUGAUUGUGACAUUUUAAUUGCUAAUUCUGUAAUUAUAUUGUAAUUAUAUUAUAUUGAAUCUAGUUCCUCUG